UGCCUGCCUGACACCCUUUCCCGAGGCUAAACCAUUUGAGAACAGCCACUUUAUAUUCCGUAACCUUUUUUUCUCACAGUAUGCCAAGCAGAUGCCUUAAUUAUGGCUCACAAUAAAUCAGAUUUCAUUCCCAAACAGCUCAGAGAUUCACUUCGCAGAGACGGCGGGGGACGCGCCGCUUUCCCUCCGCAACUUGGUGGAUCAGUUACUCUUUGUUUUAGGAAAAGUGCGAACCCUUAGCAAACAAAUAGAGAGAGCUGCCUGUCAGUUUGCAUUUUCCUAGUCUAUUUGGAUAUCUCUGUCAUAUGACCUGUUUUACGCCGUCGUACAUUGGUGUUUGUGGUAAUCCGGAGAGUCGCGGUGACCUCGCCCUUCGCGUCCGCAGCACCUGUACAAGUUCCCCCUGGAAAUGCAGGGGACGCUGCUGUUUGGGGAGCAGGACGCCUCCCUGGCCUGGUUCACACAUAUUCAUCUGAACCGUGUUAUCAAAAACGGAGUCAUGCCUGAGUGGUUCCAUGGCGUCCUUUCCAGGAACCUCGCGGAGGACAUGCUGACUUGCAGUCCGAGGGGCUGCUUUCUGAUCCGGCUCAGCCAGACCCGACUCGGGUUCACCCUGUCUUAUCGAGGCGAGGAUCGCUGCCGCCACUUCAUGAUUGAUGUGAACUGUGACGGUCUGUACAACAUCACCGGAGAAAACUCUUGUCACAGCUCACUUCAGGAUCUCGUGGAUUUUCACCAUCGGCUACCAAUUCCACCCUUUAAUGAGCUGCUAACUUGCGCCUGUGUAAAGAUGAAGCAGUUGGUAAAUAAUGGAGCAGCACCCCAGUUUAGUUUGAGCUUGACAGACUCUGAAUCCUCGAAUGCAGCUCGUACUCCUGUUUCUAAUCUUGCGUGCUCCCCAAGACUCUACCCCUGUUUUGACUCAGAGGUAUCUACAAACGUCCAGAGCCAAAACAUGGUCGGCGCAAUUCAGCCAGUGCGUCUGUCCAGGGAGUCCUGGAGUUCCACCUCGUGCCACCAGGGGAACACAGAGGCACCAGUGAGGCCUCUUGAAAGUUUAGUGCCAGGAGGUGGAGAGCAGAUUAGCACUGAAAACAGCAGCUCCAGCAGACAGUCCCCAACAUCCAGCCAGCCAAGACCUAAGAGCAGGAUCAAACUGAUUCAUUUCAUAAAGAAAUGCGCUUCACAGGCACAUCUGAACGCUGAAAUCUCACAGGAGUCUGGGAAAGUGCCGGAUCACACAGCAUUCGCAGCCCUAGAGAGCAGGAAUUCUGGCGGUAGGACAUGCGCUGAGAAUGUGUACCAGGAGCUUCCAGGAUCACCGCCGUCGACUGGCUCCAGCAGCCAUCCUGCAAACAGGCCUGAUCUCACGCCCCCAUCAGCCGAGCAACAGCUACCCGAAGAAUACUUACUGCCACCUCCAUUUGCUCCAGGGUACUAAGGGCGAAAACAAAGGCUUCCCUAAAGGAAUGACUCAGCGAGUUUGAUGGUUUUAAGAGAAGAUGGGCAAGUUUUAUUUGUGUGUUCUUUUUGGGUACAUUUUCUCUAAAAUCAAAUUUCAGUGUAAAUUUCAGUUUAAAUAUAUUACAGUGGUUAUAAACAACCUGGACAUCCCUAUCAAAAUUUUAGAUUUUUUUGUGAUGUGAAAGUGGAAAUCAAGAUAACCAAUAACAGACAUAUUUGCAUCUUUGAUGUGAUCUUGUAGCCAACAAAAUUCCAGAAAAAAACAAAUAGAUAAUAAGACAGACAAAUAAUUGAAAUAAUGUGGGGAAAAAAAAACUUUGGGAGCACACUUUUAAAUGUGAGCUGAAGUGAUGUUCAGAGGCUUUUUAAUUUUAAUUAUCUGUCCUAUUAUCUUUUUCUCUUAAAUUUGUUGGUUGCAAGGUUACAUUUAUUUGACUGAAGAUGAAAAGGAUGUUGCAUAUGAUCAGUCUUCAUUUCUGGCUUUACAUCACAAGCACCUGAAAUUUCAGUAAGGGGGUGUAUGCUUUUCGUAUCUGUGGCAGGGUGACUGGCGUGUCUGUCCAGGGCAUAUCCCAGGCCUCGCUGCUUGGCACAGGCUACAGCCUCUCAUGACCCUGUCUUGCAUAAGUUGGUGGAAUUUUUAGGUUCUGUGGUAACAGAAGACUUCUGUAUUCAUUAACUGUAGCUGUUUAUAUUUCUUAACUGGUCGUGUUCCCCUAAGCUAGAAAUAUUUAUGUAUGUCCCUAGGAAUUAGUUAAUCAGCAUGAAUCCUAAAGGUUGACCAGUAACUGUCUUUGGUGAAAACAAAAAAUACAACAUAGUUAACAAAUUUUCGGCAUACAUGUAUGGCACCUGUAUGAUUGGAUAAUUUAGAUGUAACAUGUAAACACACUAUUAGCAAUUGGUUUGAAGUUUUGUUAUUUUACAUUAAAACCUCUAAGUAUCCUUAACCUCC